GACACAGACUGAAAAACAUUCGAUCAGAUUCACCUUCAGACCAAACUAACAGCUUCCUCUGAGUGAGUCCAGCUACAGGAGAGAAAAGAGGAAAACUACAACACUGCUGCUUCAACCUGCUGACUCUCCACACACUGAAGCUUCACUCAGACUAAAUGGCUUCCAGAUCAGAGGAGGAUCUCUGCUGUCCGGUCUGUCAGGAGGUCUUUAGAGAUCCUGUUGUUCUGUCAUGUAGCCACAGCUUCUGUAAAGACUGUCUGAAGAGAUGGUGGAGAGAGAAACCAACACCAGACUGUCCAGUUUGUAAGAGAAGAUCUUCAAGGUCAGAUCCACCCUGUAACCUGGUGUUAAAGAAGCUGUGUGAGUCCUUCUUACAGGAGAGAGAUCAGAGAUCUUCAGAGGCUCUCUGCAGUCUGCACUCUGAGAAACUCAAACUCUUCUGUCUGGACCAUCAGCAGCCAGUGUGUCUCGUCUGUCUACAUUCAGUAACACACAAAAACCACAGCUUCAGUCCCAUCGAUGAAGCUGCACAACAACACAAGAAGGAACUUCAGGAAACUCUGGAGUCCUUAAAGGAGAAGUUAAAGAGUUUAGAAAAAGUUAAAGUGAAGUUUGAUCAAACAGCAGAUCACAUUAAGGUCCAGGCCCGACACACAGAGAGGCAGAUUAAGGAGCAGUUUAAGAAGCUUCACCAGUUUCUAGAAGAGGAAGAGGAGGCCAGGAUGGCUGCACUGAGGGAGGAAGAGGAGCAGAAGAGUCAGAUGAUGAAGGAGAAGAUGGAGGCUCUGAGCAGAGAGAUAGCAGCUCUUUCACACACAGUCAGAGCCACAGAGGACGAGCUGAGAGCUGAAGACGUCUCAUUCCUCAACAACUACAAGGCUGCAGUGGAAAGAGUCCAGCAGCGCCCCCUGCUGGAGGAUCACCAGCUGCUCUCAGGAGCUCUGAUAGACCAGGCCAGACACCUGGGCAACCUGACCUUCAACAUCUGGAACAAGAUGAAGGACAUGGUCUCCUACAGUCCUGUGGUUCUGGACCCAAACACUGCUCAUCCAAGACUCAUCCUGUCUGAAGAUCUGACCAGAGUGAGACUAGGAGAGAAACAGCAGCUUCCUGACAAUCCAGAGAGAUUUGAUUAUUGCUGGUCUGUCCUGGGCUCUGAGGGUUUUAACUCAGGGACUCACAGCUGGGAUGUCAAGGUUGGAGACAAUACAGACUGGGAAGUGGGUGUGUUAGCAGAGUCUGUCCAGAGGAAGGGAGUCAUUCAGUCUGGAUUAUGGAGAAUAAGGUUCUAUGGAGGUAAAUACUCAGCACUGUCACCACCAGCUUCAUUCACUGUUCUCUCAGUGAAGAAGAAUCUCCAGAGGAUCAGAGUGAAUCUGGACUGGAACAGAGGAAAGUUGUCGUUCUCUGAUCCUGAUACUAACACACACAUACACACCUUCACACACACUUUCACUGAGAAGAUGUUUCCAUACUUUGACACUGUGGAUAAUCUCCCAGUAAAGAUGUUACCACCGAAGGUCUCUGUGACAGUGGAACAGAUCAGUCAGAGAUAAAGAGGAUGAUCAGAUUUAUAAUGUUAUUAUUUGUUAAAGGGAAAAGUCAGAGAAUUUAAUCUCUUUAUUUGCACCUGUCCAAAUAAAAUACAUUAGAAAGUUUCCAGUAAGAUAAGUGUAUGUUAUAUAACAUUGUGAAUAUAGGGAUUUUGACACUGUGGAAAAACUCAGUUGAUGGAGAAAAAAAUAGCAGAAAGUAUCAGACAUUCAUCUACAGAGAAAUAAAGGCAGAACGUGAGUGAAGAGAUCUUCUUUAGUGAACUUUUAUCAAAGCUUCAUUUGCGCUAAAUGUUGUUUAUUUAUAAAUGUUGUUUAUUUCUUUAAGGGAAAAAUCUGUGAAUUUAACAUGUU